CGCUUCUUCCGCCCUUCCUUUAUUCCAACGAGCCUCCCAGAUACUCACUCCCUCUCUUCUUCUUCGUCUUUGUUUUAUAUCAUUUUCUCCCUCUUGUUUAAACCCUAGAUUGAUUAGUUUCGAGCUCAAAGCCCAGUAUUCAGCCUUCAGUUUCCUUCCAUCUGAAUCUAAUUAAGCGUUCGAUUACGAUUUAAGUUCAGUUGGUGUGGAUUUCAGGUUAUUCCUAGCUUAAUCUGUAGCUCUACGAAGUGAUUGUGUUUAAGAUUACAAUGGUGGAGGUCAGGAGCAGCACCCGUUUGAGUUCCCAGUUGCAUUGUAUCCGUGCCAUUAAAGACGGAUCGAUCGAAAUAGUGGCGAAUGUGGUUGCUAGUGGGAAGUCGAAGCUCAAGUUUAAACCUUUGGUUGAUGUAUACAAUCGGGGAAACACUGAAGGUGAAGUGCCGAUGGUGAUGUCGAGAGUGGUCAGGGAGUUGGAGAAGGAUUGUGAGAUGACACAUGGUGCUGAGGUGGAUGCGGAAAAUGAUACAGAAGAUUUUGAUAUGACACUGGAGAAGGUUCGGAAACAAUGCAGAGAAAAUAAAAGGAAACGUAGAGGUGAUACUGAGACAGUUUCGCUGGUUAAAGUUAAACAAGAGUCCUCCUUGACUCUUGAAACGGAAGAGGAAGGAUGUGAAGUUGAGGAGCCUCUUAGCAGUUGGAGUACGAAGAGAAGAAAGAAGAAGAAGAAAGAGCGUAAAACAAAGUGUGGUUCUACUUCCUCUCCAUCUGCGAAGAAAGUUGAUUUGCCUGUGUUGUGUGAUGUCAAGCCCGAGGCUUUCUGGGAUGAACUUGUUGUAAGUUGCCCUGUGACUAUCGACGUGAAUCUGGAGAAUCAAACUGAAGAUGAAGGAUGUGACGUUGAAGAGCCUCUUAGCAAUUGGAAUACGAAGAGAAGUAAGAAAAAGCAAGAGCUUAAAACAAAGUGUGGUUCUACAUCAACUCUAUCUGCAAAGAAAGGUGAUUAUCCUGUGUUAUGUGAUGUCAAGACUGAGGCUUCUUGGGAUGAUAGCUAUUUGGUUCCUGAAGCCAUGAAUAUCAUUGCCACUGAUCCUCUACUAGAUUUUGACAAAGAGACAGAAUCUACUUCAAAUAAGGAGCUGGUGGAAGAGGUUAUGCAUGACUUGGCCAAGGACACAAGAGUGAUUCUAUAUUGCGGUCCAGAGGCAAAUGCUCCUGGAAUGGUAGCCACUGAAGAGCCCAUAACUACAAAGCCGGUUGACAAAACUGUUGAACAUGCAUCAGAAGUGUUCAUCGAUGCAAGGAAAGCUCCAUGUUAUCUUGUUGAUACUCUUGCUCUUCACAACGUUUUGUGCAGUAGUGCGUCUAGAGAGGAGGAUGUAUUAGAGGUGACGCAAAAUUCAGAAUCUGAGACCAUUGCCUGUGUCAAGCACCUCAGUUAUACUAAUACAUGCUUGGGGAGCGAAGAAGUUAAAGAAGAUGAGGAAAGCAAUGAUUCAAAGACUAACUUGGACAUGAUCACAACUGGUUUAGAGAUUAUGAAGAUAAACGCUCCAGAAAUACUUGCUGGCUUAGACAUGACCGUAACUGGUUUGGAGAUUGUGAAGGUUGAUGCUCCAGAAAUGCUUGCUACUGAUACCUCAGAUUCGCUCACCAUGGAUUAUGGGAACGCCGAGCUUGUGUGGGGAAACGAAGACAUUGCUAAAGAUGAGCUUCCUGAAGCAACUGAUAUUCUCCAGUUGCACGUCUGCUGUGAUUCAGUGGAUAAUUUGCAAUCAGUUCCUGAUGACAGCACAAUUUCAGGAGAAAAAGAUCAUCUACCAGAAAGAUUGCAACAAUCUUCAUCCUCAGGGAAUGUAGUAGAUGAGGCAGGAGACCAAAAAUCAUCACAACUCUUUCAGGCACCACCUGAUGAGGUUAAAACCGCUGAAGAGAGUGACAGUAUCCAACAACAAGAGCUACACUCUCGACCUGGAAAACUACUCUCAGGGAGAAAGACUUUAUCUCCCAACUCUCAAGCAAAACUUUGCAAGGCAAUGGAGCACACCGAUUCACCUGAGAAGAUGUGUAAAAAAUCCAAAGGAAAACUCUACUUCAGUAGCCACAACUCACAUAGGAUCCUUAAGGCGCAUGGGCUGGACAGCAUCGACCGAGUGGAAGUGGUUCCAAAUCCAAAGCAACCCAUUCGAAAAGCAAACAAUAACACUCGGCAAACGCAGUAUCAAAGAGCCACAAACAAGUUUUCCCGUCGAGUUACCCAAGCAGCAAAGCAACAGCCUUUUAGCACUGGACGCACCUCGUUACAAGGAUGUACACAGAAAGCUAUUGCCUUCUCACAAGGGCAAAUACGUGAUUUCCAAUAUGUUGCAGCUAAGCUCACGAAAGAGCUCAAAUCGAUGAGACAGAUCACAAAGAGAUGUCUCCUAGCUGAAAGCAACCCCUCCAACAUGCCUGAGUGUAACUUAGAUGAGGUGAAAACUUUGAUUGGAAAAGCAGAAAAAACUGAAGAGAGUAGCAAGAAAUGGCUUUCGAUGAUUGAACGUGACUGUAAUCGGUUUUGCAAACUCAUGGGUAUGGUCAAAGAAGAUUCUCCAGAUACUGAAAAUAUUGUUGUUCAGAAGGAAAAGAAGAUUAAGUUCGCAGAUGAUGCAGGAGGAGAUCUUUGCCAUGUCAAGGUUUUUGAAGUUGAUUUAGAAUCUGAAUCAUAAACAACAGUGUGUAGACUAAGUGUAAACUCUCAUUAUUUGUAUAUUCAUGUUUUGUAUUUCACUUGAUAUAAGGAUUAUUCCCACAUUACAGCAA